AUUCUGGGGCAUUUUCUGCAGCGUUGGCGUCUUGGGCUCGUUUGUUCGAGACAGCAGGCUUGUAAAACGACGUUAUUUUCUCUCUCUCCCCCGCAAGGACUCGAUCACUGUGGGCCAAUUGGCUGGGUUCCAGAUGCCGAGUUCGAGGCGGUCUCAGGCCAGGUGGAGGACUAUUGCAAUGAUGCGGUUCGCGUAUAUUCGGCAUGUAUUUGCCCUUGGGAGGCGUGAUGCGGACUCGAGUACAACCAACAAUACGUGGUCUAAGCCUAUCAGUCAUGAGUACUGCUGUCUCGCAUUACGAUCGGCAUAUGGGAGAUGUAGCGUCUGCCAGCUGGCAGUGCAGAUUGCAUUCCUAUUGUGCCUUCCCUCUUUCUUUUUUGCGCCCCUCAACGUGUUGGGGACGCGUCAUUCUAGUGUUGACAACGAGCCAAUCGCAUCUACUGUGUUAGCUUCGCGACAGAAGCUGAGGAUGAUGGGGUGGAGCGGUGAGACAGAGGGUUGGAUGCGGGAUGAACGUGGUGAUUUGCACAGGCCCCCGUAUCGUAAGUGUCGGUGUGGCUUUCUCGGGGGAUUCUGUACGUUGCAAGUACCUUUGUAUCUCUAGUAGCAACAUGCCAUAGCAGCAUUGUGGAACUCAUCUUUCUGGUUUCAUAAUACAAACAUCGUUGGUUGUACCCAUUAGACAGACCAUCUUCGCGUUUUCCAUUACGAAACUUUCAAAGGACUUGGGUGAGUUCCGUUGAUGUCCUCAUCCUAUUGUCUUGGUGAUGGCUUCGUAUUGUGCACCCAGAUCAUCAGACGUUCGCCUAUCACUCACCCAUGUUGUCACCAGCACCAGCACUGCAGCGUCGGUACUAGCAGACUCAUAUUGUCUUAGUCAAACACUUUGCAC